AUGACCCUGGGGGCCCCCCGGCUGGUGCUCAAGAGGGCCUGUAGGGGCGCUGAGGGGCCCCCUACUGCGCGGGGGGCCCGGGGGGGCCCCUCAGGGGCCCCCGAGGGGCCCCCCGGGGGCCCCUCGGGGGCCCCCGAGGGGCCCCCCGAGGGGCCCCCCGAGGGGCACGCAGGGUCUUCGGGGGGCCCCUGGUGGGCCCCGUACUUCCUGCUGCUGCGGCUGCAUGCGCCUGUGGGGGCGUGGCUGCUGUACUGGCCGUGCGUGUUUUCAAUUUGUUUGGCAACUCCCGUGUCUGCUGCUUCUCCAACAGCAGCAGCAGCAGCAGCAGCAGCAGAACUGCCUUCCAGCGGCAGCCUCUUGUGGGCCGCGCUGCGCCCCCCCGCGCCCGCAGACCCCGAGGCCCCCCCGCAGCAGCAGCAGCAGCAGCAGCAGGGGCCCCCCGGCGCCCCCAGCAGCAGCAGCAGCAGCAGCAGCAGCAGCAGCAGCAGCUGGGGGCGCGCAGCAGCGCUGCUGGCCCUCACUGCAGCAGGGUCUUUGUUGAUGAGAAGUGCUGGAUGUAUUAUAAAUGACUUGUGGGACAAAAGACUGGACUUUAGGGUACAGAGGACCCGGGGGAGGCCCCUGGCUGCGGGGGCCCUGGGGGCCCCCGGGGCCCUGGGGGCCCUGGGGGCCCUCCUGGCCCCGUCUUUUUUGCUGCUGCUGCAGCUCAACUUUGCUGCUGCUGCUCUGGGCCUCCUCGUGCUGCUGCCUGUUGCUAUUUAUCCAGCAGCAAAACGUUUUUGUUCUCUUCCGCAGCUCUUUUUGGGCCUCACUUUCAGCUGGGGGGCCCUCAUGGGCUGGGCCGCCCUUCUGGGGCCCUACGGGCUCCCGGCCUUCCUGGGGGGGGCCCCCCUGGGGGCCCCCCCGGGGGCCCCCCUGGGGGCCCCCCUGGGGGCCCCCCGAGCAGCAGCAGCAGAUGCAGCAGGCGCAGCAGCGGCAGGGCCGGACUUCGACCCGGAGUCUGCAGCAGCAGAGACGCAGACAGCUUCUCCAGCAGCAGCAGCAGCAGCAGCGGGGCCGCCCGCAGCAGCAGCAGCAGCAGCAGCAGCAGCAGGGGGGGGCUGGCUGCCCGCGUCCGUGCGGGCUGCUCCCGUGUGCCUCUACCUCGGCUGUGCCCUCUGGACUUUGACUUAUGACACCAUUUAUGCUUUUCAAGACUUCAAAGAUGAUUUGAAAAUCGGAGUUAAGUCCUCAGCCGUCACUUGGGGCCCCCGGGGGGCCCGCCUCUGGGGUACCCUGGCCAUUCUCGCCCAGGGGGCCCUCUGGGCCCUCGCGGGGGCUGCCCUGGGGGCCCCUGUGGGACCCUCAGGGGGGCCCCCAUGGGGGCCCCCAGGGGGACCCCCAGGAGAACCCCAUGGGGGGGCCCCCGGGGGCCCCUCAGGGGGGCCCCCUGGGGGGCCUCGUGGGGCCCCGGCUGCCGUACUUUACUUCUCCAAUGGGGCUGCAUGCGCCAGGGCCUUCAAGGCCAGCCACCCCUUGGGGGCCCUUUUUGCACUUUCUAUUAUUGCCAGCAAAGUUUGGGAGUACAAACUGGCCCAAAAGCUCUCGCAAUGA